AAAUCUUGGAUUAAUUUUUGAACCAAAAGUCAUUUAUAACUUUUGUUGGUUUGUAAGAAACCUACUUUUUGAUUGUUUGUGAUUUCUGAAACACUUUUUGGUGAUAUUCGAAAAUCAAAGUUUACUUCUAAAAUAUCUCAAAAAAAAUUCUAAACCAAACAGCUUUGGAAGAGAAGUAAUUUUCCAAUAUUCAUCAUUAAUGCGUAAAAGAAAAAAACAAAUCAUCAUUCCCAGACUGAAUUACUGAAAGAAUGUAAGGGUAAAACGUUACUACUUGAAACCUUAGGGGUGCUUAAUGUGAUUAACAAAACUAAAGUCCAUACAUAUAUUGGGCCAGGAUCCUCCAUCGGCCCAAUUACCUUCCCGGUCAAACCCCGCCGUCCAAGACUUCUCACUCAACCGAAAAACGGCGGCGACGGUCAGCAGCAAGCUCAGUUAGCGGUGUUUUCCGGAGAGAAUACAGCUAAGAUAUGGAAAAUGAGAAGAAAAUAGAGAGCUAUGUGGUGGUACACAACAUAGCAAAGAGACACAAUGUCGGAACCCUAGCUCGUAGCGCCACUGCGUUCGGCGUCUCCGAGAUGAUACUAGUCGGCCGUCGAGAUUUCAACGCCUUCGGUAGCCACGGCUCUACCUCUCACGUCCGGUUCCGCCACUUCCACUCCCUCACCGAUGCUAAAACUUUCCUCAAGGAAAGAGAUUGCGAUAUAUGUGGAGUUGAAAUUACAGAAAAUGCGGUGGCUGUAAAUGAGCAUCCUUUUAAAAGAAGUACUGCUUUCCUGCUGGGAAAUGAGGGUACUGGACUUUCUGCAAAAGAGUGUGAGAUAUGUGAUUUCUUUGUAUAUAUUCCACAAUAUGGGUGUGGUACUGCUUCGUUGAAUGUGACAGUCGCUGCUUCCAUUGUUCUACAUCAAUUUGGAGUUUGGGCUGGAUUCUCUGAGAGAACACGUGAGGGAAACAAGUUUAUUGUAGCUGAAAGACCUUCGAAACAGGCGAAGAAAAAUUACUGCAUGGAAACGUCUGAAUCUAUUGCCGAGGAGCGAAGAUUGAAGAGGGAAUCAAAUGGGUUCUUUGAAGAUACUGGAAAGGAGGAAUCACCUUCAAAUCUUUUAGAUACCUUGUUUGAUAAUUAGUGCCGGAAAAAAAAAAAAAAACAAGUUAUGCAUCCUUCAGCUUCAUCCACAAGGCCAGGCUGAUUUAUUUGGACAGAACCGAAGCAAGUCAACUGUCAAAAGGGAAUUUUGGUUAUUAGUGGAGUAAACUACGGAAAAUAGGAAUUUAGAACCUAAGUAGUGUCACUGAUUAGCCAUCAUAGAAUAUAGCAUUUUCACAUGAAUUUUGUAUCUACAAGUAUUUUGUAAAGAGAUUGCAGGUUUAGCAUGUUUCAGUCCCCUGUUUGAUGUAUUGAAAAGCUAAUACUAGACGGAACUAUUUCAGAGGGGCCAGGUGCCAUUUUCUGAUCGUGGAUCAAGCAUGUUCUUUGUACACUUGAAGCUCGGUCUUAAGACGGCCAUUGCACAAUUUUAUAAUAUUAAGUUGAGAGUUCAGACUA